AUCAAUAGAGGCAAAAAGUAAAUUCCGAAUUUGACAAAAUCUAAGAAAAUCACUCUGCUCCAGAACUCCCCCAAAUUUCACUCUCCUGGAUUGUACACUUAAUUCUUUCAACUCUGACCAUCUUGUCGGUCGAUGAGAGUGGAAUUAAUGGCCGCGGAGAGCAGCAGUAACCGGGGGAAGAAGGAGUCAACGGCAUCAGGAUUGUUGAAUUCGCCGACGCGUCUAAACGACGACGUUGAAGAUCCCGCCAAAUCCCCGCCCCACUCCCCCACCAAUUCCUCUACGCGCAAGGCUUGCUAUGCUGUUCUUCAGAGUUGGGUUUCCAAGAAGUUCAUGACAGGAUGUGUGGUUCUUUUUCCAGUUGCUGUUACAUUUUUUAUCACUUGGUGGUUUAUCCAGUUCGUUGAUGGUUUCUUCAGCCCUAUAUACGAGAGGCUUGGCAUUGACAUAUUUGGCCUUGGAUUCAUCACAUCAAUAAUUUUUAUUUUCUUCGUUGGUAUUUUUGCUUCAUCAUGGUUGGGUUCCACAGUUUUCUUGAUAGGAGAAUGGUUUAUAAAGCGAAUGCCCUUUGUAAGACAUAUAUAUUCAGCAUCGAAGCAAAUUAGUUCUGCAAUCUCACCAGAUCAGAAUACAACUGCAUUCAAGGAGGUUGCUAUUAUCCGCCAUCCUCGUGUUGGAGAAUAUGCUUUUGGCUUUAUAACAUCGUCUGUAGUUCUUCAGAGAGAUGAUGGAGAUGAAGAACUAUGCUCUGUGUACGUGCCAACAAAUCAUUUAUACAUCGGGGACAUAUUUCUCGUUAGCUCAAAAGACAUCAUUCGGCCAAACUUGUCUAUUCGAGAGGGCAUAGAGAUAAUUGUCUCGGUGGGGAUGUCAAUGCCUCAGAUAAUUUCUCCUGCUGAAGAGCUUGCUCAUCAGAAUGAGCGGAUCCCCCCUAGUAGAAUGAUGAUUUAGCAACAUUUCGUUACAUCCUGUUUCUCCGCCAAUGUGCUGUUCCGGGCCGUAAUUUAAUUUUUCUUUGUCCUCUGAUAACAAUAGAAAAUUCCUCUGCUUAUAGCUAGUCUUUCUUGGUGUAGAUAUGGAAAUUGUUUCAGAUAUGUAUCUAGACCAGGUCAGUUCACUCUGUCCGACAAAUAUGUAUACCUAUUCUGACGUAUAUUCUUUUGGUUCUGUACAAAAGGAAAAUGAAAUGUUUGUUCCAAAUUGUUUGCAACUUAA